AUUCCUACUUUAUCCUUUAUUAUUUUUCUCAAUCAUUUAUCCGUCUACUCCGUCCUUGAGUAGCAUUGAUCUUUUCUUUUCUUUUCUUUUCUUUCCUUUCCCUUUCUUUCCUCACUAUUUUAUUAGAGUACCGGUAAUGUCCUUUGAAAUUCAGACGGCGAUAGCCCUUGAAGUUCAAAAAUUCAUCGGCGGGCGAUCUGCGCACGGAUUGAGUUAAGGCCUCAUCUUUCACUCGAAAAGUCUCACAAGUGGGACUGUUACUCGUACUAGCGUAAACCUAGUAAUGUAAUGCUUUUCUUGGUCUCCAAGAGGAUUCUACUAUGGCUUCGGCACUUCCAUAUGCGCCUUCAAGCCGCAAGGCCACUUCUACCAACAUGUCGAUGCAAGCACUUCGUCCCACCACGCGGGGUACAAUAGGAAGUGCAACGACUAGUUCGAACGGGAGUUUUCAAAGGCGAACAUCAUUAUCUUCAUUUCCAUCCUCUCGUUCGCCUUCAGUCAUGUCGCAGCGUCGCCCUUCACGAAGUCCCAAUCCCACACCAAUAGACACGGAUCGCAGGUCGGAUCCAAGUACCGUCAAUUCAAAAACGCCUACCAGUGGUGUAUCAUCACAACACUCCUCAUUAUCCCCGCCAAAUCAUUAUCACCCAGGAGCACACCCUGCGAGAAAGUUGAGGUCGCAAUAUCCUCGAGGAGAUACCGAGAACCAUGUCGAAUAUAUAUUGGUGGCAUCAUUUGAUAUUGAUAAGGGCCCAAUUAUGGAACAUCAGUAUCCUGUUGCUAUAACGGGCGAUGAACAUAUGUUAGCGGAAUUAAUGUUACCGGAUCAAGCCCAUGUUCGAAACCAAGAUUGGACGAUAUUUUUCUUACAUAAAGAUACGAGUCAGGACGAAGAUGAGGCAGAAGAGAAGGUCAAAAGAAAAAGAUUACGACGAGCGAAAAAAGAAGCCAGGGCAGCACUCUUUGAAAGUGGAAAUGUUGAUCCUUUGGAACCUGUCGAGGACAGUGAUGAGGAUUCAUCGGAAGAUGAUGAGCCGGAAGGAGGGGAAGGUCCACCUCUAAUAUAUGUGUUGAAUCUUGUGAAUACCAAACAAGAUAAGACUGCCAAAAGAGGAGCUGUAGUGAAAGCUAUGGCUAUAUGUACUCGACAUCCAUUUCUGCACAUUUACAAGGUGGGUCAUUGUUGAGUCUAAUGUGGAAUCGAAAUAAUACUAAUAAUAAUCGACAGCCACUUCUACUAUUAGCUCUCGAAGAGUAUUUUAAAACCCCUCAACCAUCUACCCUGGCGGAGUUAUAUGAGGCAGUUAAUACAAUGGAUCUAUCACUAAUGCCUAGGCUGAGUCUACUCGAACGACAUCUUCUACAAGCCAGCGACAACAAAGAUCUGUUUGUAGAAAAAUUUGAGCAGAUGAUUCAAAUGCGUAUGGCAGAGGACAAGGGGGAGGCGCCGGACGAUAUGGCAGCCAUGUCCGAAAGCCCAGAAAGGAGACCGGGUCUGGUGCGAAAUGGUACCAAAGCACAUGUUCAACAACUAAUACACUCGACCUACUCUGUACCCCGGGACACACAUGAGUUUGAAACCAAAGUCAUGUAUAAUGGAAUCCCGAUACCGAUCAAGGUUCCCGUUGCAGUAUCUCCUGAGACCGUUGGGGAUUUCUCCCUAGUAAAACUUAUCCAGACAUACAACGACCCUCACGUUAAAUCUCCCAUUCCGUUUGCGCUACAUCCUCACCUCACAACUGGAGGGAUACAUACCCAUCCUAUUAUUGUAUUGGUCAAUGCUAUGUUAACCCAAAAACGUGUUAUUUUCCUUGGUCACAAUCGUCCAUCAGGUGAAGUUGCUGAAGCUGUACUCGCAGCUUGCGCUUUAGCAUCUGGUGGAAUUCUGCGAGGAUUUACUCGCCAUGCAUUUCCAUAUACCGAUCUCAGCAAAAUCGACGACCUUCUCAAAGUGCCAGGUUUCAUAGCUGGUGUAACAAAUCCAACUUUCGAAAAUCAUCCAGAAUGGUGGGACCUACUAUGUGAUAUUCCCUCUGGACGAAUGAAGAUUAGUAGUCGGAUUGACCCAGCACCACUUACAGAAGGGCUUGCUAACUUUCAGCAACAAAAUCCGGCUUAUGCCAGUGCGACGAAUGUUGCAACGUCAACUAGUCAAGCCGCUAGUGACCCAACAGGCGAUGCUGCAUUCAUGAGUGACGUGAUCCGCAGUAUCGCAGCUCGACAUGGCGAAGGUGUCAUUCGAGCUAAAUGGCGAGAUUGGGUGGUCAAGUUCACUAGAAUUUCGGCUCAAUUCGAAGAGAGUGUUUACGGUGCGAGUGCUUUGUACAUUGGGGUAGAAAAGGCAGAGCCCGGCAAUGAGCAUGUCAGUGGUCAUGGAUAUGUGUGGCCUGAUGAACAUUCGAAGUUACGUGAGCUUGCUAGUAAUGUAAAUCGAAUUGAGGGCUGGAGAAGUACUCGAAGUUAUUACAGCUUUAAGCAGGUAUGUCUUAUGCUUGGAUUUCAUGAUAUUGCGAACUUACACUACUUAGGAUCUUGUGCAACUCUACAACUUUCGAUCUCUCAAAGCCCUGGAUCUCCAUCAUCUGCACGAUCGUCUCCGAAUGACAAAACUUACACCUCAUACAAGCCGUGAAAUAUAUCUCGCUAUGGAGAAACAUACACACUCUUAUGAUGAGAUAUGUCAGCUCUUAGCCGUAGCGCCUGAAUCACAUGCGGGGCUCUUUUAUAUUGCACUCGGACUUUUCCACAAAGACCGAGAUGUUCGAAUGAGAGUUGUCGAUUUAUUGGAGAGAAUUAGCGACCAUGAGGCCGGACGACAUUGGUGGAAAGCUUUAAGUCGAUUUGAAAAAUUGGCUUUUAUCCGAAUCAAAAGAGAAGCAGAGGCGGAGAUGAGAAUCAAGCUGGGAAGUGCUGGGAGAGAUGUCUCAGCUGAUAGUGAUGCGAUGGUUAUGGGAAGACGGAUUAGUUGAUGUAGUAAGAGGUGGAUUUGAUUGCAUGUUGGCGUUGGCUUCUUUUAAUGAUAUUACGAGAUCAUGAUCAUGGUGAUAAUUUACUGGGGUGCUCGGGGUGCUUGGAUGCAAUUGUUUAAGGAUUAGGAAUUGCAUUGAUCCAUUACUGGAUUGGGCCAUUACUCUGUACAGAGCCAUGAAAGGACUGAAGGAAGUCCGAGAAAUAGAUACCCCGUGAAGACAGACCUGCAGAGGAAUGAAUGACAUUUAUAAUGC